AUGCGAGGUUUCAUGUGUGCUAUCGGCCUCGGCCGUCUCUUCCGUCGUUCUGCUGCUACGACGACGACUUCAACGGCUUCGACAAUGAACCGUAACUUCUGCAUGCAAUCCCUCCGACACGGAGAAGCCUCCGUAGCUUUUGAUGCACGUCGUAGCAGUUGCUACAACUCUUCUGCCGAACGUCCACAGUUCCUCUUCUUUUGCGGUAGUGAUACAUCGGCAUCACUACCAGCGGCUUCGCCGAACGGAUGUUCGCUGUACUUACGCCUUGCUACCAGAAGCAAUCCCACACCAGACCAACCUAUUAUCGACCACCGCAUGCCCGUGUUCUUCAAGCCGUCGCUAUCACCUGCUUGCCCCGCCGUCAGCGCCGAAUUCGUUUAG